GAGGCGGAGGAGGGAGCAGGCAGGCGUCUCAGUGCGGCUGCCGGUGCUGCGGGACUGUGGAGCGUCUCCGCCGGGACUGACGCCCGCAGCCCGCUGGCGCUGAGGGGACGCGGCGCGAGCCGGGCGCUGAGCUCUCCCGCCGCCCCGGGCGGCCGCGCGCCUGCCCAGGAGCCGCACGUGAGGGCUCUUAAAACCUGCCCCGGCUCCUGCGCCGGGGGAGCAUGAUCUGUGCCCGGGCCGGCAUCCUCCAGGAAUUGAUGCGCUUACAAUUGCCGGGUCAUUAUGCUGCUCCACCUGUGUAGUGUUAAGAAUCUGUACCAAAACAGGUUCCUAGGCCUGGCUGCCAUGGCGUCUCCAUCUAGGAACUCACAGAAUCGGCGCCGGUGUAAAGAACCGCUCAGAUACAGCUACAACCCUGACCAGUUUCAUAACAUGGACAUCAGGAACAACUCCCUUGAGACGGUAACCAUUCCACGGUCCACCAGUGACACUGACCUGGUCACUUCAGACAGCCGAUCUACGCUGAUGGUCAGCAGUUCGUAUUAUUCCAUAGGACAUUCACAGGACCUAGUGAUCUAUUGGGAUAUAAAGGAAGAAGUAGAUGCAGGGGAUUGGAUCGGCAUGUAUCUCAUUGAUGAGGUCUUGUCUGAAAACUUUCUGGACUACAAGAACCGUGGCAUCAAUGGCUCUCACCGUGGUCAGAUUAUCUGGAAGAUUGAUGCCAGCUCUUACUUCAUAGAGCCUGAAACAAAGAUCUGCUUCAAAUAUUACCAUGGAGUGAGUGGAGCACUACGUGCUACGACCCCCAGUGUCACAGUGAAAAACAGUUCUGCUCCCAUUUUUAAAAGCAUCACCAGUGAAGAUCCGGUCCAGAGUCAAGGAAGUCGGAGACUGAUCAGUUUUUCACUCUCAGAUUUCCAGGCUUUGGGUCUGAAGAAAGGAAUGUUCUUCAACCCAGACCCAUACCUGAAGAUUUCCAUUCAGCCUGGAAAGCACAGCAUCUUUCCAGCGCUUCCUCACCAUGGACAGGAGAAGAGAUCCAAGAUCACAUGUAAUACUGUGAACCCUAUCUGGCAAGGAGAGCAGUUCAGCUUUGUUUCCGUUCCCACGGAUGUUCUGGAAAUAGAAGUUAAGGACAAGUUUGCAAAGAGCCGGCCGAUCAUUAAACGCUUCUUGGGGAAACUUUCCAUGCCAGUGCAACGCCUGCUGGAGAGACAUGCUAUAGGGGACAGGGUUGUCAGCUACACUCUGGGACGUAGGCUUCCAACAGAUCACGUCAGCGGUCAGCUGCAGUUUCGGUUUGAGAUAACUUCUUCUAUCCAUCCAGAUGAUGAAGAAGUCUCCAUUAGUGCAGAUCCUGAGUCAGCUGAACUGCAGGAAAGCCCUGUGAACAGCACUGCAGAGGAAAUCCUUGGUGAGCCUCCCUGCACCGACACAGUGACCUCAGAAAGUACAGCUCCAGAGCAGCUAAAUGGAUUCAAUGUGAAUGGUGUCAAUGUUGAUAGCCCUGGGGAAGUCAACCAGAACAGUUUAAAUGAAGAGCUAGCAGGAAAUAGGGAGGUUGAUGCAGUGCCAGAUGCUAUUGAGUCCUUGGAAUCCAUCCCGGGGGAAGUGCUGCCUUCCCUGAGUGCUAUGGACCAAUCUGAGCAACUGGCUCUGCUGGCUUGCACACCUCCUCUGGAGACUGAAGUUAGGGAAAACAAUAAAGUCAAUUCUGUUACUCAGGGACACAACGACAUCUUUACCAGCAUAGAAGCACUAGAUAUUGAUGAGGUGAGUGCAGACAUUCAGACUGUCAAGGACCUAGAGAAAAUUCAGGAUGUGGAAGGGGCUACAGCCCAGGAGGAGGAAGACAACAAGCUGCAGCUAAGAACAGGGAAGAGGAAAAACAGGCCCUGCUCCCUGCCUGUGUCUGAACUGGAGACAGUGAUCGCAUCAGCGUGUGGUGAGCCUGAGACCCCUCGCACACACUACAUACGGAUCCACAAUCUGCUUCACAGCCUGCCCUCAGCACAGAUGAGUAGCAAUGGAGAGGAGGAGCAGGGAGGUGGCGAGAAUGACGAAGAGUCAACAGUCAAGGAAGCAUCAGAGAAGGAUGUGGUUAGCGAAUCUGAGACGCUAGCGGCAGAUCCUCCCCCUGAAAGCGGAACUGAUGAGUAUUUCAGCCUGGGGACCGUGCCCCGCAGCACCUCAAUUGAGCACCUCUCAGACUUAAAUGAGCAGCUGUUGGAUGGGGAACAUCCCAUGACUGGAAGCGAGAGUGAAUCAAGUUCCAGACCAUAUGGGGACAAUGAGUGUGACACCUCUUGCUACAGCACAUCCUGCUACAGCACGUCCUGCUACAGUACGUCCUGCUACAGCACGUCUUGCUAUAGCCCUUCCUGUUACGACAGUAACAAUCGCUUUUCCAGCCAUACCCGUUUCUCCUCUGUUGACAGUGCAAAGAUUUCUGAGAGCACGGUCUUUUCCUCACAGGAUGAUGAGGAAGAGGAAAACAGUGCCUUUGAGUCAGUGCCAGAUUCAGUGCAAAGCCCUGAACUGGACAGGGAGCAAGUGGAUGUCUCCGCCCAGUGGCCAGAUGAACUCGUAGCUCAUGGUGGGAAUCCACAAAGAGCAACAGAAACUCUAGAGUCCCCAAUAGCAGGUCCGAGCAACAGAAGAGAAGGUGAUUGUCCUUUACUCCAUAAUUCUCAGCCAGUCAGCCAGCUUCCUUCCCUGAGGCCUGACCACCAUCACUAUCCAACUAUUGAUGAGCCUCUUCCACCAAACUGGGAAGCUCGGAUAGACAGCCAUGGAAGGGUAUUUUAUGUGGAUCACGUGAAUCGAACCACAACAUGGCAGCGCCCCACAGCAGCAGCCACUCCAGAUGGAAUACGGAGAUCUGGUUCAAUCCAACAAAUGGAGCAGCUCAAUCGGCGGUAUCAAAAUAUUCAGCGGACUAUUGCAACAGAGAGGCCAGAGGAUGAUGCUAUUGUGAACAACAGAGUCGAGAGGCUCUCCAUUGGAGGAGGAAGUGACUCUGAGGCAGACUCUUCCCAGCCAAACUCAGAAAUUAGGAGAGAAGGGUCCCUUUCUCCAGUGAAUUCUCAAAAAAUUACCUUGCUGCUACAGUCUCCAGCUGUAAAGUUCAUCACCAACCCCGAGUUCUUCACUGUGCUGCACGCAAACUAUAGUGCCUAUCGAGUCUUCACCAACAGCACCUGCUUGAAGCACAUGAUUCUAAAGAUCCGCAGAGAUGCUCGGAAUUUUGAGCGCUAUCAGCACAACAGGGACCUGGUAAAUUUUAUCAACAUGUUUGCUGACACCCGACUGGAACUUCCACGGGGUUGGGAGAUCAAAACAGAUCAACAGGGCAAGUCCUUCUUUGUUGACCACAACAGCCGUGCUACCACUUUCAUCGAUCCCAGGAUCCCACUUCAAAAUGGCCGUCUCCCUAAUCAUCUGACUCACAGGCAGCAUCUCCAGCGACUUCGCAGCUACAGUGCUGGAGAGGCAUCAGAAGUCUCUCGGAAUAGAGGCGUUUCUCUGUUGACCAGACCAGGCAACAGCCUAGUAACAGCAAUUCGAAACCAGCACCAUUAUGAGUCAUUACCUCUGGCUUACAAUGACAAGAUUGUUUCAUUUCUACGCCAACCAAACAUUUUUGAGAUGCUGCAGGAGCGUCAGCCAAGCUUGGGCAGGAACCAUGCACUCAGAGAGAAGAUCCAUUACAUUCGGACAGAGGGUACACAUGGGCUUGAAAAGUUGUCCUGUGAUGCAGAUUUAGUAAUUCUACUGAGUCUCUUUGAAGAGGAUAUUAUGUCCUACAUACCCCUGCAGGCUGCCUUCCACCCUGGCUACAGCUUCUCUCCUCGCUCUUCGCCCUGCUCCUCACCUCAGAACUCUCCAGGAUUACAGCGAGCUAGUGCAAGAGCACCUUCUCCAUAUAGGAGAGACUUUGAAGCCAAGUUACGCAAUUUCUAUCGAAAACUUGAAGCCAAAGGAUAUGGGCAAGGUCCAGGUAAAAUUAAGUUAAUUAUACGGCGUGAUCACUUGCUGGAAGGCACCUUCAAUCAGGUGAUGGCUUAUUCACGCAAGGAGCUUCAGCGGAACAAACUCUAUAUCACGUUUGUUGGAGAGGAAGGCUUGGACUACAGUGGUCCCUCCCGAGAGUUCUUCUUCCUUCUGUCUCAGGAGCUCUUCAAUCCUUACUAUGGCCUGUUUGAGUAUUCAGCCAAUGACACUUACACUGUACAGAUCAGCCCUAUGUCUGCGUUUGUGGAAAACCACCUUGAAUGGUUCAGGUUCAGUGGUCGUAUCCUUGGCCUUGCUCUCAUUCAUCAGUAUCUUCUUGAUGCUUUCUUCACGAGGCCAUUCUAUAAAGCACUACUGAGACUGCCAUGUGAUUUAAGUGACUUGGAAUACCUGGAUGAGGAGUUUCAUCAGAGCUUGCAGUGGAUGAAGGAUAACAACAUCACUGAUAUCCUGGAUCUCACUUUCACAGUGAAUGAGGAGGUGUUUGGACAGGUGACAGAAAGAGAGCUGAAAUCUGGGGGUUCAAAUACUCAGGUGACAGAAAAGAACAAAAAGGAGUACAUUGAGAGAAUGGUAAAAUGGCGUGUAGAACGAGGAGUGGUUCAGCAAACAGAGGCUCUAGUCCGUGGCUUCUAUGAAGUUGUAGACUCCAGGCUCGUCUCCAUUUUUGAUGCCAGAGAGCUAGAGCUGGUGAUUGCAGGUACUGCAGAAAUAGACCUCCAUGACUGGCGUAACAACACAGAAUAUCGUGGAGGUUACCAUGAUGGGCAUAUUGUAAUACGGUGGUUCUGGGCAGCGGUGGAGAGAUUUAACAAUGAACAGAGGCUACGGUUCCUGCAGUUUGUCACUGGAACAUCUAGUGUGCCAUAUGAGGGGUUUGCAGCCCUUCGAGGGAGCAAUGGUCUGCGGCGCUUCUGUAUAGAGAAAUGGGGGAAAAUAACAUCCCUUCCGAGGGCACACACAUGUUUCAACCGCUUGGAUCUUCCACCCUACCCAUCUUAUUCUAUGCUGUAUGAGAAGCUGUUGACAGCUGUUGAAGAAACUAGCACGUUUGGACUUGAGUGAGGGAAUUCAGGCACUUCUGGUAUUUUCCCAGCUGAUGAUGUCACCUUCCUUCCCCACCGUCAUAUGAUCUUGGUUUUCCAUGUUUUUAUUUUUUAAAACAAAAGUCAGGAUUGACAAAAGCUGUGCAUGAAGAACUGCCUCCCUCUAAGAUCUAACCUUCAUGCUUUCAUCCUUGGUUUCCAAUGGACUGCUAGCUUGUAUGCAAUAGAAAAACAGCUGUCUCAAGGUUUCUGUAUACUCCACAUACCUCCAUUAAUAAUAAUAAAAAUACGAAUACAGGUUAUGUUACACUUGA